UGGCGCAGAAGGCUGCUCCGUCAUGCACUAGGUAGUGUGUGAUGUAAUUUCGCUGCAGUUAUAAAUAUCGUCGGCAAGGGAAAAAGUAGCAUGGCUGAGCGAGGCUAGAAUUGAAUUAGAAUUUUCCAACUUUUGUGUGAAAAGAAAACAGCUUGAACACCAGUCUGAAGUGUAGUGUCUUGAGAGGAAACCCGCUGAGCGCGACUUCAUGCCGCUCACUAGGGUUGACCGUAGCUCUGUUCGUGAGUAAGCCCUUUGUGCGUCUUUUUGGCUGCCGACCCAAAUACAGAGAAAGACAGUAGUUUGGUGUCUUCAACUCUUUCAAACGCUCACGUAUCGCUCAGAAGGAUGAGUGUCCAUUCGGCCCUUUUACCAAUAGUGGUCUUAGGACUUAUGACAAGCUCAGUGCGCUGCGCUCCGCUGCCCGGUGGGCAGAACGGACCCGUGGAGCGACGCUGGGAGACCCUCUACUCGCGUUCUCUAGCCCGAAUCCCCGGGGAAAAAAGAGAUAUCAGCCGGGACAGUGAUUAUCUCACGGGCAUUAAAAGACUGCGACGUCUCUACUGCAAUGUUGGCAUCGGGUUUCAUCUCCAAGUAUUACCGGACGGUAGAAUUACCGGCGUGCACAACGAAAACCGUUACAGUCUUCUUGAGAUAUCUCCGGUGGAGAGGGGAGUUGUGACACUGUUUGGCGUCCGGAGCGGGCUAUUCGUGGCCAUGAACAGCAAAGGGAAGCUUUUCGGAUCUACGCAGUUCACAGAUGAAUGCAAGUUCCGAGAAACGCUCCUUGCGAAUAACUACAAUGCGUACGAAUCGCAGGCACAUCCCGGGAUGUACAUCGGACUGAGUAAGACUGGCAAAACAAAGAAAGGAAAUCGAGUAUCGACAUCCAUGACGGUGACACAUUUCUUGCCUAGAAUUUGAGCUCGCUUGGAGAAGCGCAAGGCGGAGGAACUGCGAUGCACUUUCUACAGAAGUUAGGCUACAUGUGAGGUUAAGUGUGUCGUGUCAUGUAUGUAAAUAUUAGACUAUUUAUAUCUGUUGAUUUUAUAUACAUCACAACGUCCUCUUUCCGAGGUGCAAGACAACAAUUAAUUUAUUUUUUAUUUGUUUAUUUAUCCUCAUUGCUGCUACCACGUGUUCAUAUACAAGUGAAAUUCCUACAAUGUAAUGUUUUUUUUUUUUUUUUUGCACUGUUUGAGUUGUUCUAAAGCAACUGUUUUGGAGAGGUGGUCAGUGUUAGACGCCAUUUUUAUUUUCUCGCGAAUGAAAACACGUUUUUUUUAAAUAUAAUUUUCAGAACAAAUAGUGCAUAGCCAUUUGGGAAGGUUUCUGAAAGGCGCAUUUAAAUUUUGCGUCUGUUGAACGUUCAACACUGAGAUAAACACAAUCCGUCGCAGCCCCAUUUUCAGUCAUGAAAAAUUAAAUAUGGCGUCUACGCUGACUAAGGUCCAUUUGUCCUUCUUUGGAAAGAAUAUGUAAGUCUUAGGUCAAGCCUCCUAUCGUUAAGGUGUAUCAACCCCCAUAGUAUUAGCACUGGAGCAAUUGUCCAAUGUCUGAGCUCCUUUGUGAGGAGCUCGGAUCUAACUGAAGCAGUAUCGGCUUACUCUAGCUUACUGAAGUUCUACCCCUUCAAAUCUGUUUUUAGCUCUGCCGGGGGGUUGAACUUUGAACUUAUCCGCAGUCAAUCUUUGUCACAUUUCUAAGGCUCUAGAUAGAGAGAAGUAGUUUCUUUAACAUACAGACAUUAAUAAAAAGAAGAAAAAGUAAUUGCAGUGCAGAUACUGUACCCCGAGCCCCUUUAAAGAGACAUACUGUACAAAGCCAAGGUCAAGUCAGUCUUUGCCUGGUGUCUGGGUGGAAAUCAGACAUGUUAAAGAUCAGUAUUUUUCUAUGGUGGUAACACGGAAAACAAAGAAAUGACAGUGUUGUGUGUAAGUGAACGCAGAGUUAAGUUAAAAACAACUUCCACAGUAAGUUACGAGAAGGCGUAUUGCCCACUUUUUUUGUCGUUUUCUACCUCAUGCAGUUUCCAACUGAUCAUUUCCUACUUUGAAAAUCAGCUGACAUAGAAUGUUUAGUUUUAAGUUGCUCUUCUGAGGCUACCGCUACUCUUGUGAAGUUCUGGCGGCCAUUGCGUCCUAGUUGCGCCUUGUCACGUUUGAGCUAUCUUUACCCUGUGAUUUACUUUUAGAAAGGAUAAUCAUGUUGGAAAUAUUUGCAGACAGCUGUUAGACUAUACUAUAUGCUCAACCAGUAACCCUAUAUUUUUCUUUAUAUAUGUUGUAAAUGCAAUAUGGUGCAAAACUGAGAAGCUGCUUUGAACAUGGUAAAUGAUGUCAGUAAAGUAAAUAUUAAGAAAUGAUGCAUUCAUGCAGGGAUAAACAAGCUUUCCAUCUUGAACCUAAAAAAACAAACUCAUAUUCGAGAGAUUAUCUUUAAAAAAAGCAUUCCUUAUUUUCAUCAAAAUGGCCUGCAGGUACACUUAAUGGAAAGAGACGAAUGUUCUUGGGUGUAAACUAAAGUGAAAAUGGAUGGGCUUCAAAAAGCUUUAAAGAAAGCAUUAAGGGACAAUUCUAGCCUUAAAAGCAUGAACACAUUCACAUGGUUUUAUUUAGUGUAAUCUCAAAGCCGUGCUAUUUCAGCCGUUACGAGUCCAAAUUUGCCAUUUGUUUCUUACCAAGCCCUGCCUGGAUGUGCACAUCAAUUAGUUUGACUUGAUGACUCUGAGCUACCUGAGCUAAUGCUGGAAGAGGGAGGGUUGUCUGUGUUUCUCUUUUACACAGCUGUGCCAAACCUCUUUCCAAAUGGACAUGAUUUGCAUCAGUGUGGAUGUUGUUUACAAUAGACCGAAUGGCCAUUGAAGGCAAAUUGUCCCUCUGACCCUCAUUACAACUGACACAAAGCAUUGGUCUUGAUUUGUUUAACCACAAAAUGCAAUAUCAACAGGCUUGACCUAGUAGCCUGAGAUUAGUGAAAACAGAACAUCCUCGUCUUUCAAUACACCAAUGUUUUUUAAAUGUGUUUAUGAACAGGCAUAUAUGUGGUGUAUUCAAAUAAAAAAAAAAAAUUCUGUCAGUUCCCAUACAGUUGUGUUUGCAUCCAUGGCAGAGCUGUAGUAAAUGGGCCGACGUCCGAGUCCUGUAGUAGUGUGCUCUGAAUCCUGUUUUACCAAAUAUUGUCUGUAGUUUUAUACAGGUCUUGUUAAAUAUUGUGAUGUAUGUGCUGUGCACAUGAUGAUACCCUAACUUAAAUGGAAGUUAAUAAAUAUGUAAAUCAUA